UAGCGACAUAUAGCACUGAAGUAACCUAGAAAAACAUGGAAGAAGAUAUGGAAAUUGAAACCAUGAGGCCUGGUUCAUACAGAUUAGAGAGAGAUAGGCAGGUGCCAAACUCCGAGUACUAUGCUGCGGAGGCACUGGCCUGUGACAUGGAUAUCCCUGUGGUGUAUAGUACUGCAACCAACAGAGAACCCAUUGAAGAGUGGCUGGAGAAAAACAAACCAUCUACUAUUUACAGAGAUGAGGGAUAUGGGUGGAUUUUUGUGGACCGUGACAAUGAUGAUGAUGAUGAUGAUGAUAACUCAAAUGAUGAUGAGAACUCAAAUGAUGAUGAGAACUCAGAUGAGGAUGAUAACUCAGAUGAGGAUGAUAGCUCAGACGAGGAUAGGAUAAGAUUACAGGAAGCGUGGGAAAAAAUGAAAGCAUCAGAAAGGGUCAUCUGUAGAGAAAGAAUUUUUGAACUAGCCAAAACUUAUAAUGUUUUACAUGGGAAGUGGAUGUUCUGGGUGUCUACUGGAGGAAAAGGCGACCUCUUGUGGUCCUUAGUUGCCAAAGGAAUUGCCAGUGGAAACACUCUAGCUAGAGUUGCCAAAAUCAGUGCGACAGAAAGAGAUCCAGAAAACAGAGAUGCUUUUCAACAUGUAGUUUGUAUCUAUAAUGACAAUUUUCUUGAUGAAGAUGAAGUGUAUGAAAGUGAAAGAACGAUACGCAGCCUGGGAAUUAAAUGUCCACUUCAUUACAAACCAGAUGUGUUCACACACCUUGGAGUGUAUCGAAACAAUCCCUGGCAUAUUCGACCUACCAUUUAUACCAGCAACUUUGAUCUCAUGCAAAAUCAGUCCAUUAUUAAAGAAAAUAUGUACAUGUAGUUCUUACAACAAAAUAUUGGACAGAUGUAUUAUGCAAUUUUAUUAUAGUCAUGAUUUGUAAGUGUUUUAAGUGACAAUGUCAUCAAAAAUGAGGUGAAAUGUUUUCCUUUUAGUACAAUUGAGCUGAAAACUCGAGCGAGCUUUUCAGAUCACAUUUUGUCUUUACAUGGUGUAGAUUUGAGUUUGUUCAAAUCAUGGCCCCUGGGGUAGGGUGGGGCUACAAUAGCAGGUCAACAUUUUACAUGGGGAUAUAGAGGAAAACUCUUCUCAAGAACAAUAGUAUCCCGAUUACUGAUAUUAAUAUGAAUGAAUCCCCAGGUGGUGCAAAUUUAAGUUUGUUCAAAUUGUAGUCCCCCAGGGACAGAGCAGGGCCACAAUAAGAGAUCAAAGUUUUACUUGGGAAUAUAUAGGAAUUUUUUCCCCUCAAUAACAGCAGAUCUAUAAAUACUCAUAUUAAUAUACAAGCAUCUUCAAGUAAUGCAAAUUCAAAUUUCUUCAAUUUAGGGGCCCCAGGGGUAGAGUGGGUCCACAAUAGGAGAUCAGAGUUUUGUAUGGGUAUAUACAUGGAAUUAAUUACUAUUUAGCUUUCCAAAGCAACACCAUGAGAGCAUAUACCCACUUACACAGUCAUUAAAGGGUUUAGUGCAUUACAGGAUAAAUCCAGGCACUUUCAUUUCUAACUUAUAUCCAUCAUUUUGUUUUCUUUUUGUAAAAUGAUCAUUUUCAUGGCUAAUUAUGCAAUUUUACUUACCAUACACAGAAUGAUAUACCAAAUAAACAUGUUAAAAGUCAUUUCGAACAUUUGAAAUUGAUAUAAUAAUUGCAACAAUGUUUUUUAAAUAACCAUAACAACAAGAAUUCAUUUUUUCAUGAACAUUAGUAGUUUGUGUUGUAAAUAUUAACAACAGAACUACUAAAGUUGAAGUUUGGUGUACAUGUGCUAAAUAAUUUGGUACAAUUGAUAUUGACAUUAUUCAUAUAAGAAGAAAGAGUAUUUUGAUUACAUGUACUUGUUAGACUGGUAUAAUUAAUAUUAACAUUAUUCAUAUAAGAAGUAGGUGUAUUUUAAUUAGAUGUGCUAUUUGACUGGUAUAAUUAAUAUUAACAUUAUUCAUAUAAGAAGUAGGUGUAUAUUUUAAUUAGAUGUGCUAUUUGACUGGUAUAAUUAAUAUUAACAUUAUUCAUAUAAGAAGUAGGUGUAUUUUGAUUACAUGUACUUAUUUGAUUUUGAUUCAUGUUUUCUAAAAUUCUUAAUGCAAAUUUUGUUGCUUCUAACGUUAUUUUAUUUUCCUUAAACUGGUCUGGUCCUCUGCUAACAAAACAGCGCCCUCUGGCUAGUACAAGUAGUUUUUAUCAACGAGAGAUAACUCUGUAAAGCAAACGUGCAUAGACUUGGCAUAAUAAAGACAGGGCACUAUCACUUAUAGAAUAGAUGACGUUAUCCAAUGAGAUUCUUGUGAUUUAUCAUGUGAUGCACUAAACAAGAUUAGCAGGGCCACACUAAAUCAUAUCAAAAUACAAAAGUUCUUAUAAGUUGUGUGGAAUUGAGUUCUUUUUAAUAUAUUGCCCCCGUGACUAAUUGAGCAGGUGGGGGGAUAUUGUAUCUGACCUGGCUGUCUGUCUGUCUGAAACUUUAACCUUCCUCAUAACUUUUGAAUGGUGAGUAAUAGGGCUCUCAUACUUCAUAAUAUUUUGCAUUCCUUAUGACAAGAUCUUUUUGGUACCAAAUUAAAGUUUUAAACUUUUUGACCUUGUAGUUUGACCUGCUUUUAAGAAAGUCUAACCUAGGCAAUAUCUCUUGAACUAUUUAAGGUAGGGCUUUCAUAUUUUGUACAUAGAUUCCUUAUGGUGUGCAAUUUCAUUUGAUGCCAAUAACUUUUACCCAGGAGUUUGACCAAUCUAAUUAAAAUCACACUUCUUAGAUCUGUGAUGUAUACUCUGCGUAAGACAUAUAUAAUAUACUUAUGCAGAGUAUACGGCACAGAUCUAAGAAUUCUGAAUUUAAUUAGAUUGGGAGUUUGACCCACAUGUCAAAACUUUAACUGAAACUUGAACCUUGCUCAUAACUUUUAAAUGGUGUGUGAUACAUCUUUCAUCUAUAUGUUUCCUGUGACGAGACCUUUCUUUCGGUGCCAAAUAUUUUGACUUUGUAACCUUGACCUUGGAUUUGUACCUACUUUUAAGAAAAGUUAACCUAGGCAAUAUUUCCUGAACUGUUUUAUAUAAGGCUUUCAUAUUUUGUAUAUAGAUAAUUAUUGUGAAAAAAUUCAUUUGAUGCCAUGUGUGACUGGGAAAGAGUUCAGGUGCUUGUGAACAUGUAGUUUGUAUCUUUAAUGACAAUUUUCUUUAUAAAGAUGAAGUGUAUGAAAGUGAAAGAACGAUACGCAGCCUGGGAAUUAAAUGUCCACUUCAUUACAAACCAGAUGUGUUCACUUGCUUGGGAAUGUACCAGAACAACCCCUGGAAUUUAGCAUCAUUUAUACCAGCAACUUUAAUACCAUUAUAACAAAGCAGUCCAUUAUUGAGGGAGUUUUGUAGUUCUCAAACUAAAAUCAAGCAAGAGGCCCUCAGGCAACAUCACUCGCCUAUAAAACCCUAUCUUGUCUCGGUUCAUGGUAUGAAUGAACUUGAAUCUACACAAUUACAUUAGGAUGCUUGUUUAUUAGUUUCAUAAAUUGUACCCUUGGGGUUCUUGAUGAUUUUUCUGAAGAAUGUUUCUGUAUGUUUGAAUAAUAAAAUGCUUUUAAAUAA